AUGAGGAUUGUUCAGUGCCCUGACAACGGCAACGUAGCAGCUGCAAACAAAAACGGGGUCGCAUCGCAUAGAAACGCCGACAAUAGAACGUGGCAUAUUUUGAACAACACGACUCAUCUUCAAAAUACUGAUAUAAGUCACGACAGUCACAAUUUCAAUUGCAACAACGUUUACAACUUAAUAAGCAAUAAAGACAUUACAGAGGUUAACACGCUGCCAAGUCCUGAAGAACUACGUCACACUUCUGACGUCACUGUCGAGACAGGAGUAUGUAACAGACAAUACAGAAUCAAUAAUCAAAGCAAUAAGUUCACAAGCUCAAAUAAGAAAUCUAAAACUGCAAAAGUGGACAGCAAUCAAGAAAAUAUUUUGGAUGAUUGUGAAAGUUUUGUCGUUCCUACAAAUGUAUAUACAGACACAAUACCAGUUGAAGAAAACCAAGUAUUUGAGCAGUCAGAGACAGAUGAGAUGUCUGAAAACGUUCUACACCCUGUACCAAGAGGCAUUGUGAACCCUAAUUAUCCUGGUUUUCAACACUUAGCACAUACUUUACAGGAUUAUUCUUCGAACAUCGAAGCAUUUUACCAAUCAGAAAAUGAAAUGACAGACGAUGAUUUGGAAGUUGAUACGGGUGAAGAAAAUUAUCAAUUUGAAAAAAAUAAGAAUGACAUAAACUUUAAUAACAAUAAUAGCGUUGAUUUCAAUAAAAAAGAAAAUAAGUCUAUAAGCGAUUUUAAAACGAAAACUAAUGAAACGCCAAACGAUAUUCCAGAUCUUUUAAAGACCAUAUCUAAUAAUAACAACAAUGAAACUACAAGUUAUGACUGCUCGUGUACCGACAUUGAAAACAAUUUUCAUACGAAAGAUAUAAUUGGCGAUUUCAAUAAGGAAAUUGAAGAUGAAAUAAAACAACUCCUUAACUACAAUAUUAAUAUUCAAGACGAUCUUGAAGAGUUAAGAAAAGAUAUUAAAGAUACGUUUGCAAAACCGAUAGAAAAUACAAUAAAUAAUAUCAGUGAUGUUGUAAAUCAUGUCAUAAAAAAACUUGUUGAAACACAAAAUGAUUCCGGUGAAAAUAAUGACCAUUAUCUGACUUCUGCCAUAAAUAAUAAGCAAGAAACCGAGGAGCUUAAUGAUAUAAAUAAAGAUAAUGAAACAAAUACAAGAACUGAAAUGAAUUUAAGCAGGCCUACAUUUUUAUUAAUAGAUAAUCAUCCUAAUAAUAAAAUAAAAGAUGCCAUUUUAUCUGACGGCAAAGACGAAAUCAAUAUUUAUGAAAACGAAUAUGACACAGAAGCAUUAAGUCAUAAUGUAGAAAAUACUAUAAAACAAUUAAGUACAGAAUUAAGGAAAAUAAUACCAAAAUUAAAUGAAAUGCGUGAACGCGAUCGAAUGUGGAUGGGAAACGUAGAGGAAUGUUCGAAAAUUAUAGAUAGGAAUUCUAACGAAAUAAACAAUUUAGCCGAGUAUUCUGAUUUGACUAAAAUGUCAAAUCCAUUAUGCCAUACAGAUAAUAUCAGACAUAACCAACAGGCCUUUUAUUCUACGAAUAAAUUUAGGAAAAACUUCACUUUACAAAGUGCACAGAGGACACAUAGCGACCGACAUGCAGCUUCUACAAUAAAGUCACCAGAUUCUAAAAAUGGAACAUCCGUCCGUAAACAUGACAGCGCCAAGGAGUAUGAUUUAGGAAGUUUCGAUGUGUACAAUAUAGAAACUGCAUUGCCCAAAAUAGAUUUAGAUGCGAUAGAAAAUCAUUUAAAAGCCGCAAAGGAAGCUGAAAGACGGAAACGCAAUGACAGGGAAGAAAUUAGAAAACGAUUGGCAAUGGGUGCUGAUAAUGAUGAAUAUUACAGUUUAGGACACACAGAUAGACCUGGCAAGAAACCGAGUCUCCAUUCACGUCUACAAAAUGGGAAGAACCUACAAAUUUGUUUCAUGAAUGAGACAGCAUCAGAUAAUGAAUAUCAAGCUUCUGACAUAGAGAAAAACUUAAAUUGUAAUAAGAGUUUAUCCCGUUCAAGUACUUUUGACAAAAGUGGAUACAAUCAUCCAUAUCAAACAAGACCUCUGUCAGUAAAUAUUUUAAAACAUGAAAAGAGUAGUAUUGUCCAGUGUGUUCCUAAGUUACGUCCAUCGUCUUUCACACUGAAAACAUCAAAAUCAUGUUCUACACAAUCAUUAAACCAAAUUGAUGUCAAAGAAACUGAUUUCUAUACAUUGCAAGCAAAAUUGCAAACUGAGGCUAGGAUAGCAUUGGCUCAAGCAAAGGAGUUGGCUCAUAUACAGAUGGAGAGAGAAAGACGGAGUCGUGCAAUUUCGCCUGUAACAGAAAUGCUUCGCCGUAGCAUGGAGAAAGCAAACGCGCCUUUAGCUCCGGACAGGCGUCGUGUUUCGCGUCAGUUACUCACCGACAUGAAUAUUGCACAGUUACAGGUAAUCGUAAACGAGUUACAUUCUCAAAUAGAGACAUUGAACGACACGCUCGUGAAACUAUUGAUGGCGCGCGACGAAUUGCACAUGGGACAGGACUCCAUGCUCGUUGAUAUUGAGGACCUCACCCGAUAUCUAGGUGUCAAAGAGCAGACCAAAAAGACAAAGGGUACUUCCACAAAAUCAGGUGUAAGGCGGCUCACAUCAUUAGUGCACAAAUAA